UGUUUAGUCUGUGGUGCGGUGCAAUCAGAGAGAACGCAGGCUGUGCUCUCAGAGCGGUACAAUAGAGUCCAGGGUUAAGAUGUGGUCCGAUAUUGUAGCUCUAUGUUGCGUUGUGCUGUAUUGCGUUCAGGCGAAGCUGGCUAGCGAGGAAGAUGCAAUGGACUCUGGUGAGAUGGCUGACCGUGAUAUGGACGAAUUGGAUACAAACAGCACAAAUAUUACCCAAGCUAAUAUCAGUGGAGACCGCGAUGUCGAGGACAGCGGGGAGCACAUAGGGCCAGCUGUGACUCAAGUCUACCAGCAUCCCUACGCAGGCUCGCUGCUACAUAACAGCACCUACGUCUGCAGCGCCACCAUUCUCAACACAUAUUGGUCGCUUACGCUGUCAAAGUGCUUUGAUCCAGACAUAAUAUCAUCGUACGUGACACAUAAGUAUCUUGGCAACUACACGCUGCGUGUCGGCAGCUCAUAUAACAACAAGAGUGGUGCCAUACAUAAGAUAAGAAUCCUAAUUAACAACUUCGACUUGAAAGUAUCGGCUAUGAAGUUGACUGUGGCCUUGGAGUUUAGCGCACGCAUCGCUCCUGUCAGCCUGCCCAAGCCGGAUGAAGAGGUCAAUUUGGGUUACCUCGCCUCCAUACUAGCGUGGACGCCAAAUGGGCAUUUACGUGUACUCAAUGCGCCUCUGAUAGACUCUACAAUAUGCGAACCUGCGACAAAACUGUUGCCCGGACACUACGUUUGUGCCGCCGGGGUGCAGGAUCCUAAUCGACACUUCUGUCGAAGAGAUGACGGCGGAGCUGUCAUACAAAACAACACUCUAGUCGGCAUCGCAACAUUCCUGCACACGUGUGCAGUAUACACGAGAACACACGCCUUCCCAAAAGUAUCCAGCUUCGCGAGAUGGCUAGACUCCGUCAUCUGGGACGAAGAGAACAGACCGACAGUCUUCACACCAACAUCGUCUACGAUAACCACACAAGCAAUUGCCAACGCGACAGAAAAUCAACCGGAAUUUCAACACAUAUUUGGAGAUACAAGGAAACAAAUGCUAUCUAUACCUUUUGCUCCUAUCAGUGUACCAUUGGAGCCAGCUGAAGAUAAUUCAGUGUUACCAAGAAUGAGUAUGUAUGAAUCUUAUCUACAAAGUAUAGCAAGAGCUAGGACAUCGACAACACAAGAUCCUGUUGCUGUUGAAGAAGUCAAAAGAGCAUGGUUACAAAAAUUCGAAAAGAAAUAUAAUUUACGCAGCGAACCACAAAUGGCACAGAAUAACAAAUAUGGCCUUUAUCCAUGAUUAUUUUCGCACUCAGAGAUAUGAUGACUAAUUGACUGUUUUGAGUACAGUAAUUGUUAUAUUAAGAACUUUAUAUUUGGAAUUGUGAAGUGACCGAAAAGGAUUAUUGAAGAAUCACUUGCAAUUAU